ACAUUGUACCGGAAGUCUACCAAGGAAACCGGAAGUGCGAGAAAGUGUUGGUUGUCUUAUCAUUCAGCUCCCCGGCUGACAAACAACACUUCUGGGGUUGUAUUUUACAGCUACCCGUUGAAUUGAACCUAUAAUAGGACAGGAAGAUGGAAGACGACGUUUUGACAACACUGAAAAUAUUAAUAAUUGGAGAAAGUGGCGUUGGGAAGUCCAGUCUUCUCUUGAGAUUCACAGAUGACACAUUUGACCCGGAAUUAGCAGCAACAAUAGGCGUUGAUUUCAAAGUGAAGACCAUUUCAGUGGAUGGGAACAAGGCAAAGUUGGCAAUAUGGGACACGGCUGGCCAGGAGCGUUUCCGAACCCUGACGCCUAGUUACUACCGGGGCGCUCAGGGAGUCAUCCUGGUGUAUGACGUAACACGACGGGAUACUUUCACCAAGCUGGACAACUGGCUCAAUGAGCUGGAGACGUACUCUACAAGGAAUGACCUCAUCAAGAUGCUGGUCGGGAACAAAAUUGAUAAGGAAAACCGCGAACUGGACAGGAACGAAGGCCUGAAGUUUGCAAGAAAACAUUCCAUGCUGUUUAUAGAGGCCAGUGCGAAGACGCGAGAUGGGGUGCAGUGUGCGUUUGAGGAGCUGGUUGAGAAGAUCAUCCAGACCCCGGGACUGUGGGAGAGCGAGACGCAGGGCCGAGGAGUCCAGCUGGGCAGGCAGGACCAGGCUGCAGGGGGUAGCUGUGGGGGCUACUGCUCCCUGGUGUAGACAACACAUACUCACAUACAUAUACAAAAAUCACAUACACGCACACUUGAAAGACACCCUACCAAACACUAAUGGCUGAUGUCCUUUGAAGAGGACUAUGAAGGCUAUGGUAUUCAGACUAUUUCCCCCAUCAGCCCCUGAGGUGUGGUGUGAAGCAGGGCUGCUCCUGACCAGCACCCUAAGCUUCCUGGCUGUGAUCAUUCAUAGGGACAUUGCUGUUUGCACACUUCCUUGUAUCAUGGCUAUAAUGCUAUUUAUAAGUCCUCUACCCUGUCUUUCAUUCUGCCUGUCUCUUUGUCCAAUGACCGGAAUGGAGAAAAUUAAUGAGUGUAUGACUUGGUAAUGAAUAGUGAGGAAAAACACAAUACCAUCAAUAGCACAUGGGGGUAUUAUGCUUAUUUAGCAAGGAUCUUUUUUUUUUUAUCACCUGUUCUCAAUCACGUUUUUUACAAAUGUUCUUUGCCCUCCCCUCUUUGUAGAUUCCCCCUAUUUUCUCUCCCUUAGCACUUUGUUCCUCUUAGCAAGGCAAGCACAACUAGUGUGUGUUGGCUGCAGAGCUGAUUCUCCAGUGUAUCUGCCCUGUGUGAUCAUGCAACCUUUGUCAUCCUCCAGUGCUCACUCUCCUAACACCUCUGUGUUUUAUAGUCUUAUCAGCCCAAGUCGUCUUGUAUUCCCUUUCACCACUCAGUCCCACAACAUGAUUCUCUCUUUUGUCCACAAACCUAUUUUGUUCAAAAGUAAUAGUUACCAAGUUUCUGGAAUGAAGUUUUACUAUGUUUAUUGACUUGGACUCCAAACUUUCAGCGUGUUUUUGAAAGGUUUAAAAAUCAAACAGAUUGGCAGGCACCGGGGGGUGGCUUUCCAUUGUGUGUGUUAUGAAAAAGGAACUAAACGAUCAAACGCUGCUGUUUCUAGUUGUUCUAAUAGCCUGUUUGGUCACAGCCCAUCUGCCACUCAGACAGAUGAUAUUAGUAAAUAUCAACACUAUAGCCUAGCUUCAGCUUUUCAUAAUUCAUCCCUAUGUGGGGGGGAAAAAAUACAAAAGGAAAAGUGUUUUAUAUUAAAGAAUACAAUGAGUCAUAUGGGUGUUUCCAUUGAAAUCUGAAAUUAAAGAGGCUUAAACCCUGUACAAAUGUUUUUUGCAGAGUUCUCUUUCUCCGUUUAUAUUGUUCAAUCCAACUCCCCCCCCAAAAAAAAAACAUUUUCAGCAUUUUGAUUAAUUUCUAUGUUUCCUGCACUUUUAUUAUAAUUUCUACACUGUGCCACGCAGGAUGAUAUGGGGAAAAAAUAUAGGCCCAGUUAACUGGUGAACUGUUGGAGUGAUGGAAAUGUAAUAAUUAUUCUAAUUCUAUAGUUGGAAUAUAGUGGGCAGCACCUUGAAUACAUUGUUUGACAUGACAAAUGAAUAAAUCAGAGGAAUUAUUGACAGGCUAGGAACCCAAGUGUUUGUCAGUGUUUCCAGGUGACCCUAAUUAAAUGUUACAUUACAUGUUUUCUAACUUAAUCUAGCUAGCCAACAAAUUCAUGCUUCGCCUAUUCUGCGCCGAUAAGAUACCGUUAGCAACUAACACAAAUUAUUUUAGCAACACCUUGCUAAGAAAAGACAAACUAGUAGGUAGUAGUUUGCAGACAGUAAGAUACACAAACUAAUAGUGUAUAGAACGCUUGUGGAAAGCAGCAUGUUGAGCAACUGCUCUCUUAAGUGAUGGGGGCUUGGCUUAGUGUGGUUAGCGGCAUGCAGCAGAUGGAGAGACAACUCAAGUUGAAAAUGGAGUAAACUAUAAAAAUGAUACGAGCCGGAGUUAACAAACCAAACAGAAAUACCGUUAUAGAAGGUAAAGUAAAAACUCAAACUGGUAAGUGCAUCAAUACCGGUAUUAGGUAAAAUACGGUAUACCGCCCAGCCCUACUUGAGUGCCAGAAUGUGUUUGGGAAAUGUAGUUUUGGGUGGCCAUACCUAUGACCUAUAUUUGUGCCAGGAGUGACACAGAUGCCUUUACAGUAUAUCUAAUCAGAAUAUAAUUAUUCAUCCUUAAUUGCAUGAGAAUUCUUAUUUUAUUCAUGUUUAGUCUGGGAAUUACUUGCAGAGACAUUUGUGUUGUGUCCCAAAUGGCUCCCUAUUGCCUAUAUAGUGCACUACCUUUGACCAUGCUGGUCUAAAGUAGCGCUCUAUAUAGGGAAUAGGGUUCUAUUUCAGACACAAUCUUGGACUGUGUGAACCACACUUAACACUAGUUAGAUUUACCUGCAUCCAGAACCUUCCAAACAGAUUUAUAGAGUAUACUACAUUGGGAUAUUAUAUGGUCUAUUUGUCCUGAACUAAUCUCUGCUUUAUGAUUGAAACAGACUAACUCUUGAACUCUGUUCUGUUAUUUUUUUGCUUAUGUGACAACAUAUAAACACAUUGUAAAUGAAUGUGUGUAUUUAGGAAUUCUAUGAAAAAUAGUUCCUGUAUGAAUUGUACAAUUUUAAUGUAUCCAUAUUACAAUUAUAAAACCACCCUAUGUAUUAAGUGAAUAAAAUGCUUUUUAAAGGA